AUGCGCGAUUUAGUGUUAAAGCGCUGGCUCCACGCUCGGCACACUAUCGUAACUGACCCGCCACUUCUUCCGCACCCUCCACUGCCAUGUGGUCGAUCCUGCGGCUACGAUACCUCGGUGUCGGCCUCGGCGUCAUCGCUGGCAUUGAACCUCCCCUCUGGUCCGGGGGCGGGCACGAUUCCGCCCAUCCCAAGUACUGAGGAUCUGCGCGCAGCCAAGGACAGCGCGCAGAUGACCAACAGGCGUAAGGCCAAGGCCGUGUUUGUAAUCCUCGCGCGUAACUCGGACCUCGCGGGCGCCAUGGACAGCGUUAGGCAGAUGGAGGACCGUUUCAACUACUGGGCCAAGUACGACUAUGUGUUCCUCAACGACGAGGAGUUUGACGACACGUUCAAGCAGCUCACCUCAAACAUCAUUGGAACCAAGGCGCACUACGGCUUAAUCGAGCACGACCACUGGCACCAGCCAGACUGGAUUGACGAGGAGCGGGCAAAGGCCGGCCGCGAGGAGAUGACUCGUAACCAGGUCAUCUACGGGUUUAGCGUACCGUACCGCAACAUGUGCCGCUUCAACUCGGGAUUCUUCUUCCACCACCCACUGCUAGCCGACUACGACUAUUACUGGCGCGUCGAGCCCGAUGUCAAGUUCUUCUGCGACCUCGCGUACGACCCCUUCCUCACCAUGAAGGACAACGGCUACAAGUACGGCUGGACUCUCUCGCUGUACGAGUACGAGGCCACGAUCCCGACGCUCUGGUCCGAGACGAAAAAGUUCAUCCAGGACCACCCAGAGUAUGUGCACAAGAACAGUGCGAUGCCCUGGAUCAGCGACAACGGCGGCGAGAGCUACAACCUGUGCCACUUCUGGUCCAACUUUGAGAUUGGAGACCUCAACUUCUGGCGUGGGGAGGCGUACACGGCCUACUUUAACCACCUUGAGAAGGCGGGUGGCUUCUACUACGAGCGCUGGGGAGAUGCUCCCGUGCACUCGAUUGCCGCGGCACUCUUCCUCGACAGGAGCGAGAUCCACUGGUUCCAGGACAUUGGAUACCGCCACGAGCCAUUCCAGCACUGCCCGCAAGGCGAGUACCACACGCGCGGCAAGUGCACAUGCGACCCCAAGGACAACUUUGACUUUGAGGGAUACUCUUGCACGCAGCGCUGGGUCAGCUUUAUGAAUUCGUGA